CUAAGGAAAUAAACAAAACCGUGUGCAGAGUCUACAAAUUUAUAUCUAUAAAACUGAACUUCUUCAAACCCACCUCCCAAAUCGAGCCCUUGUUCUUAUCUUGAUUCCCAGAAAGUCUACUUUCUUUGUUGUUUUAAUUUUAGCUACCAUGACUGGCACAUCAGAAGACCCACAGCACAAUCAACAGUCUCCUCCAUCUCCCAGGGCCAAAGAGUCAGAUUCUCAUCAUCAAUCACCAUCAUCCUCAUCUUCUUUGCAUCAAUCUUCUGAUGAGGACGCCAAGAAAUGGGGAACCCAUGUGAUGGGGGCACCAGCAGUGCCCACUGUGCACCCAGACAACCAGAAGGCAGCCCUGUGGAGGGCUGAUGAGCACCAGCAUACCUACCACCAGCCUUAUGUUCAGUACUCCCCUGUUGAGAAGCCCAGCAACAACCCUUUUGAGCCUGUCAUUCACACCUUCAAUUCAUGGAGCAGAAAGGCUGAAACCAUUGGCAGAAACAUCUGGCACAACUUGAAGAUGGGGCACUCGGUGUCGGAAACUGCAUGGGGGAAGGUAAAUUUGACGGCAAAGGCGAUCACAGAAGGUGGGUUUGAGUCUCUCUACAAGCAGACUUUUGCAACAGAUCCAAAUGAGAAGCUGAAGAAGACUUUUGCCUGUUAUCUGUCUACCUCUACCGGCCCUGUUGCCGGUACCCUCUAUCUGUCAACUGCUUGUGUGGCUUUCUGCAGUGACCGUCCCUUAUCCUUCACCGCUCCAUCUGGGCAGGAGGCUUGGAGCUACUACAAGGUUGUGAUACCUUUGGGGAACAUAGGCACCGUCAACCCAGUGGUUAUGCGAGAAAAUUCAUCUGAAAAAUACAUCCAGAUUCUGACCAUUGAUGGGCAUGACUUCUGGUUCAUGGGGUUCGUUAAUUUUGAGAAGGCGGUGCAUCAUCUCUUAAGCAGCACCUCAGAGUUCAGAGCACAUGAAAAUGCAGUAAGACCAGUAGCUGGCGCAUCAUCCUAGUAGAAGUUACCGGCACUAUCUUCUGAUCUUAUGUGUUUGUUCGAUUCCUAGCUACCAUGCAGUUCUGCUUUCUUUUCUUUAUGCAUUUGUUGGAUUGUUUGUUUGUUUGAGUAUAUAUAUAUAUAUACAUGAUCAUGCCUCUUGUGAAUUUUGGAUGUUCGAAGCUUUGGGCCAGAGUUUAUUUCAGUGGAGCUAGUAAAAUGUCUUUUAUCACUUUCAA